AUGGCUGACGCCUUUUCCAUAGCUGGGACUGCAGCAGGAGUCAUUUCACUAGGACUGUCUGUUUGCCAAGGCCUCCUUGCCUACUACGGAGAGUUCAAAUUAUUUCAUGAGCAGAUCGACGAGGUUACGUCCCGAAUAUCAUCCCUAGAUGGUAUUUUGAACACACUGCAAAAUAUGCUAAUCAACGCACAUUUAUUAAUCACCUCGCCGACAGCUCAAUCUACAGCUAUCGCUGUUGAUUCUAUUAUACGUUGCCGGAAUGGACUUCAAAGGCUUCAAAAAAUGCUUGAGAAAUGCCAAAACACUACGCUAUCUAAUAAUCUACUCGGAGCUAAUAUACAAGUAAAUCGGAUGUUGUAUCCCUUUAGACGUGCCACACUGAUAGCACUUAUGGAAACGAUAAAUUGGUUACAAGCAAACCUCAGUACCUCUUUGCAAAUGCUUAACAUUUCUAUGCUGAUUGUCAGCCAAAGGCAAAUUGAUUUGGUACUAAGCAGUUCAUCAUCUAAGGCGUCAAAUAUAGAUGAAGUUCUUGUAACGGUGGACCGUUUAGACCAAGGCAGUGGUACUCUUAAUGGAAAAUUGGAUAUGAUUGAACAGCACAUAAAGACCGUGUUGAUAACCGGCUGGCAAGAAUACAGCUACCAGUGGGAUUCCUUCUCAUGGCAUACCUGGCGUAUUUUUAUAAAAGACCUCCUUCGAAAUGGCUUGUUGCCAGAUCAUGUUAACGACCGCGGCGAAACUCCUGCAGACAGAAUGAUUCAACGGUUUGAAAUUUUUCCAAGAAAAAGAGAUCUUAACCACCAACAAGCUACUAUUGAUAUUUGUUCUGAUUUUCUGGGUUCGGGAGGGCACAUGACGCACCUGGCCCUUAACUGGAGGCAUCAUCAGAACUGUAUCGAUUUUAAUUAUUAUUCUGCGUUCUACCGCGAUCCUUCGGGUGAGAAAAAUUGGCGUGAAUAUCUAUUUGAAGACCAUAGUAUUCCUCUUCUUUGGAAGCUUGCCGAGAAAGAAGGAAUUGACGACAUCGACCUUCCAGAAGAGCUUCUUCCUCUGGUAAAUAGGUCGAAGAAACACCUUCAAGUACUACGUAGAAAGGGCAUCGAUAUGCAUCAAUGGGUUGACUCGUAUACCCACUGGCCAGCUGGCCUUGAUUUACUUCUUCUAUCUGGUUAUAUUGGCUGGCAAACUCUUAGAGCGGCAUGCGAAGCGGGCUCUGAGGAUAGUGUCAAAAUGUUGAUCAGAUCCACCAGAUGCCCCCUCGGGCCGGACGCGUUUCAAGUUGCUGCUAAUCAUCCUAAUUCAGCGAUUAGGGAAAUAGUCAUCCAUGGAUUGAUUGAGCGCAGGAAGCGGCUAAAGGUUUUAGCAGAGACCUUUCUAUCAGACCAAAUACGUUAUGAACUGGGUAUUACACCUGAUACCCUGUUGGGAUUUGAUGCCUAUGGAACCUACCAGGCUCUAAAGGCACUCCCUUUUAGCAUUAACGAUUUUUAUGAGGAAUAUGGACGUGGAUGGUCAGUCUACAGCUCGACAGAUAGUCUUGAGUUGGCGGAUCGGCUAUGGAAUGCUGGCUUUCGGGAUGUGGAUGAAAUGGACAAAACUGGCAACACUUGCCUAACUAGGAUGAGAUGGAGUUUCUUCAGAGGUCAAUUUGUAGACUUAUUGAAUAGGAUGAAUUGGUUCAUUAGCAAAGGUGCUGAUAUCAAUCGCAAGAUAUCAAGCUCUUCUACCUUACACACCUUAGGACUCACUGUGGGAGAAGCUAUUCUAUGGGCCAAAGAUACGGGCGAAUUCGCUUCACAGUUGAGUCAAAUAAGCGAAGAGUGCAAGACAUUAUUGCGCAGAAUAAUUUGCGACGAUAUCCGAGACAAUUGCUGUUGCCCCUAUUCUUUGAGGGGAUGCUCUGCAUUUACGAGACUAUUGGGUGGUCUUUUCCCAACGCGGUCUGAUAUAGGUACGGAUGAACUUAUCCCGAGGCUUACGAUGAUGUUAGAGGCACUUUUCGAUUUACAGGAGUCUCGGUCACAGGAAUACUUUGCCGGUGAAAUAGUUCCUUGUGUACUACGAUUCAUGACUUCUCGAAGUUUGGGGAUAUCUCACACAUGCCACCAUGAAAGGUACGAAGAAUAUGAACCUGACGAGAUCAGAGAGAUUCAAGAUGAGGAGAAGCAUUUUAUACUGGAGUCAGACCAACUAUUUGAGGAAUUUCUUUCGAAGUACAAGGAGCUUUCUCUAGACUUCCCAGAUUUCCUGGCAAGGUUUUGGUGGACGCGUAUGAAUGAGAUUCUCUCAUCACGCAAAACACUCAGUGCGGAGGAGAUAAGCCAACUUCUUGAGACAGGGGUAAUCUUGUAUAAAUAG